AAAAACCAAACAGAAAAUGUUCCUGCUUCUUUACUCAUUUGGCGCCCGUUUGUCUAUCAAGAACCGCCAAGGUCUCACACCACUUGCAUUAGCAGCAAAAUUGGCAAGAAAAGAGAUGUAUGACCACAUCAUCAACCUGGAGAGAGACCAGUAUUGGGAAUACGGAGUGGUGACAUGUCGUGGUUACCCUCUCAAGGAAAUUGACACAAUAUCGGAGGAUGGAGAAAUCAACACCAACUCUACACUAAGUUUUGUUGUUUACGGGGACAAAGAGGAACACCUUUAUAUGAUGGAUGGUAUUAUAUUCAGUCUUUUACAAGAAAAAUGGUACACCUUUGCCCGAUACAGGUUUUACCGACGCUUCUUCUUCUUCACCGUUUAUUUUAUAAUCUUCGUCAUCGCCUUCGCCCUUCGUCCCGGGGCUGACCCUCGACUCAAAGACGUCGCCAAUACCCCAAUAUCCUUCGUUAAAAACCCAAACAACUGCAGCAGCAAGGGCCUGACCGAACGAGUAGUCAAAGACCCGAUUGAAUCCUGCUACUUGCUCUUUCCUUACACCGAUUAUGACUACAUCCGUUUACCCACGGAAGUUCUUACAGUAAUCGGUGCUGGAAUAUACCUGACUUGUGCUGGAAAAGAAAUUUACUAUCAAGGAAUUCGAAUAUUUUCAAUGACUUUGAAAAGAGCCCCAUCGAAGACCAUGUUCCUCAUGUCCUGCAUAUUUGUCUUUGCCAUGGUCCCUGGAAGACUCACCUGCAGCCAUGAAUAUGAGGAUAUUAUGGGUGUCAUGGCUAUACUCUGUACAGCUCCCUACUUUCUCUUCUUCUGCAGGGGUUUUGCUAUAACGGGACCCUUUGUUGUGAUGAUCUACAGUAUGAUUAAAGGUGAUCUCCUUCGUUUCUUCAUCAUCUACGGAAUAUUCCUCAUGGGAUUUUCUCAAGCGAUGUACAUCCUAUUCAGAGAUGACGUGUGUUCCCUGUCAAGUCAGCCGUUGGAAGCCAUUACAAGUCUUUUCAUUGUUUCUCUCGGCACAUUUGCUGAUUUCUAUAAUUCUAUUGAAAAGCUGAAAAGGAACAGUGUGAUUGCCAAAUUUAUAUUCCUGGUAUAUUUGCUCUUGGUAUCACUUCUCUUGAUCAACAUGCUGAUUGCCAUGAUGGGUAACACCUACCAACUUGUGGCCAGCCAACAGAUGGAAUGGUUUAGACAGUGGGCUAACAUAGUUCUAGUGGUAGAACAGACUGUAACGCCACAAGAACGUGUUGAACAGCAGAAACAAUAUUCACAAUGUCUGGCAGACGGUCGAAGAGUUCUUGCUCUCCGUUGCAAUGUUGACGAAAUCACCAACAUUGAGAGCAAUUCUGAUGAUGAAGAGUAACCACUUCCAUCCAUUUUCUUUACUCCCUACACUCUAUGUUUGAAGUUUACUGAAGAGUUCUGAUCACCAUACUCCCUUACUCAUUACUCACAUUUCUCACAUUUCAAUAAACCGACAUACUCUUUCAUGGACCACUAUAACUUCCCUAUUUGAACCCUUUCAUUGCACGAACCAGAUAUAUCCACUCAAAAUUUUCAUUACAGUUGAUUAUGGAUAACAUUUUUAUAUACUAACCUGUCUUUUGUUGAGGAGUCUCAUGUUUGAAACUAGCUAGAUGGUGUAGAAUACUACUAUCUUAGUACACACACACACACACACAGCUAUAUAUACAUAGAACUUAUAUACAUUAGCACACAUUCAUAUAGACAUACUUAAUCACAUGUACAUACAUAUACACACAAACAUAGACACAUAUAUA